AUGUUCAAAUCUGUUCCUUUCAAAGCUGUCAAGUCAUUGGGUCAAUUGGCUAGACCUUCCAUGCGUUCUGCAUUGGUAGGAGCCACCAGAAGUGUCAGAAUGCCAGUCUUGCUGGUGGGUGGUAUUCGGUACAAUUCUUCUGCUUCCGUGCAAUUAAAGGAUGUUUUAAAGUCAGAGUUGAAAAUCUCCAAAGCGAUCCCAAAUGAGUUGGAUCAGAGCUACCUUGAUUUCCUUGACAAGUCCGGGUUCAAAGUGGAAGAAAGUGAGGGAAAAUCGAAUGUUCAAUUGGUGAAAAAUGGUGAUAAUGGUGAAAUUAUUCGGGUGUUUUUCGAUAUUGAUGAGGUGACGGAUAUCCCUAUGAACGAGACCAAUGGUGAGGAGGAAAUGGAUAUGGAGGAGGAGAUGGAAUCGUUGGAUUCGUUGCUUUGUAAUGUCAGAGUGAUGGUGGAAAACUCCAAUAAAAACGAUGCUCUUUUUAUGAAUUUGUUUUUGCAAGGAUCCGAAGCGUCAUUUUUGGUUGAUUUCGUCAACUACAAGGCUGAUGCUUCGAAAUUUCUUUCCGAAGAUAUCUUGACUCGUGGAGAAUACGUUGAUAAAUUCGAGUACCAAGGGCCUAGAUUUUCCGAUUUGGAUGAGUCGUUGCAAACGGGAUUUGAAACAUACUUGGAAGAAUGUGGAAUCAGUGAGGAAUUGGCUGAAUUUAUCAUUGGAUACAGUGAGUUCAAGGAGGAGAGAGAGUACAGAAAAUGGUUGGGAGAUUUGGAAUCGUUUUUGUAG